GGGAGAGUGAAGGAGCAAAGGGGAAUGCUUGCCACUGAGGGGCAGGGAAAAGGAAUAAGGAAAUUGAAGUAGCCGCCAUAUGCUGUGGAUUUUUAUGACUGUCUUGCUGAAGUGAAUAUUCUUUUUGGGGGAAAAAGAUGGGAAGCUCGCAUUUUCUGAACAAAGGCUUGCCUUUAGGCAUUCGGCCGCCUAUCAUGAACGGGCCCAUGAACCCACGGCCCCUGGUGGCCCUGCUGGAUGGGCGUGACUGCACCAUAGAGAUGCCAAUCCUGAAAGACGUGGCCACUGUGGCCUUCUGUGAUGCCCAGUCCACCCAGGAGAUCCAUGAGAAGGUACUGAACGAGGCUGUAGGAGCUCUGAUGUACCACACCAUCACGCUAAUGAGGGAGGACCUGGAGAAAUUCAAGGCACUUCGGAUCAUCGUCUGCAUAGGCAGCGGCUUCGACAAUAUCGACAUCAAGUCGGCUGGAGAUUUAGGGAUAGCAGUGUGUAACAUGCCAGCAGCGUCGGUGGAGGAGACAGCGGACUCCACACUGUGUCACAUCCUGAACUUGUACAGACGAACCACGUGGCUUCACCAGGCACUGCGCGAGGGCACCAGGGUACAGAGCGUGGAGCAGAUCAGAGAGGUGGCGUCCGGGGCGGCGAGGAUCCGCGGGGAGACACUUGGCAUCAUCGGCCUCGGUCGUGUUGGCCAGGGUGUAGCACUCAGAGCCAAAGCGUUUGGGUUCAAUGUGAUCUUCUAUGACCCAUACCUGUCUGACGGGGUGGAGCGAGCCCUGGGCCUGCAGCGUGUAAACACCCUCCAGGACCUGCUUUUCCACAGCGACUGUGUCACCCUCCACUGCAGCCUCAAUGAGCACAACCACCACCUCAUCAAUGACUUCACCAUCAAACAGAUGCGCAAGGGUGUGUUCCUGGUUAACACGGCCCGAGGGGGGCUCGUGGAUGAGAAGGCCCUGGCACAGGCCCUGAAAGAGGGGAGGAUACGAGGGGCGGCCCUGGACGUCCACGAGACAGAGCCCUUCGGCUUCAGCCAGGGACCUCUGAAAGAUGCUCCUAACCUGAUAUGUACUCCCCAUGCUGCCUGGUACAGCGAACAGGCUUCUAUUGAGAUGAGAGAGGAGGCAGCCCGGGAGAUCCGACGAGCCAUUUCAGGUCGUAUUCCAGACAGCCUAAAGAACUGUGUGAAUAAAGAGUUCCUGUCCCAGACUACUCACUGGGUCAAUAUGGACCCUGCUGUCAUUCAUCCUGAGCUCAAUGGGGCCUACAGGUACCCUCCUGGUGUUGUGAGUUUGGCCUCUGGGGGGCUCCCUCCACCUAUAGAGGGAAUCGUUCCUAACGCAGUGCCCAUAACACACUGCCUGCCCAGCGUCGCCCACCCCUCUCACGCCCCUUCGCCGGGCCAGCCAGGCAAAGCAGAGUCAGACAGAGAGCAGCACCCCAAUGACCAGUUGUUGUAGCCCCACCCCACAGAGCUCUCUGUCCAACCAAAAGAACUCUACUGGUCUUCAUUCGUCCGAAGAGGAAUGAAGUUGAAGCCUCAUAGGUUUCAAACAGCUGCCAUGAAACAGACAGACUCACAGAGGUCUAUUACAGUUCAUCUGGUCCAACCAUAGUGGUCAUCUUUUUCAACAACAAAAAAAUUGUGCAGAAAAAAAUAAAAUAAUAAUGUGGAUUUGGAAAGAGAAAAUACCUAUAUCCUUUAUAGCGAAUCCUGCUGUUUAGACUGUAGUUUGACCUAGUAAAGUGGGCGAAUAUCUGUUGCUGUGUCCUAUGGGUUCAUCGUUAAAGCAGAAGUAGUUUAUUAUAACAUGAAUAACCUGUUUGUGUACAGUUUUUAGAACAAUGAAAACAAUAUUUAUAUUGCAGUCUAAAAGAAAAAUAAGGGUGAAAACUAACCAACUGAUUUUUAAAAAAUAUAUAUUCCCCAACAAGCCCCAAAAGAGGAAGCUUUUGCACAACUUCUCAGGAAAUUGAAUUUCUCUAGUUAUUUUCCGUUUAUGCCAGAUAGUGCUUUCUUUUUCUACCUGUUUUGUUUAUAUUAGCAAACAUACUAACCCAUAAGAGUAAGCCCUGUCUAAGCCGGUGGAGGAGGUGGGUUCUACUAAGCUAUAUGGAAUUGUUUUAAGAAGGUCAUACCAAAG